GGGGCGGGGCCGGCGGCGGGCGGGGAGGAGUGGAGAUGGCGGCGCCGGCGGCGGCUGCUCAGGGGGGCGGGGGCGGGGAGCCCCGGGGCGCCGAUGGGGUGGUCCCGGGGGUCCCCGGGGAAGUGGAGAUGGUGAAGGGGCAGCCGUUCGACGUGGGCCCGCGCUACACGCAGCUGCAGUACAUCGGCGAGGGCGCGUACGGCAUGGUCAGCUCAGCUUACGACCAUGUGCGCAAGACGCGAGUGGCCAUCAAGAAAAUCAGUCCCUUCGAGCAUCAGACCUACUGUCAGCGCACGCUGCGAGAGAUUCAGAUCUUGCUGCGCUUCCGCCACGAGAAUGUCAUCGGCAUCCGGGACAUCCUGCGGGCCCCCACCCUGGAAGCCAUGCGGGAUGUCUAUAUUGUGCAGGACCUGAUGGAGACAGACCUAUACAAGUUGCUCAAAAGCCAGCAGCUGAGCAACGACCAUAUCUGCUACUUCCUGUACCAGAUCCUGCGGGGCCUCAAGUACAUCCACUCGGCCAAUGUGCUCCACCGGGACUUAAAGCCCUCCAACCUGCUCAUCAACACCACCUGCGACCUUAAGAUCUGCGACUUUGGCCUGGCCCGGAUUGCCGAUCCUGAGCACGACCACACGGGCUUCCUAACAGAAUACGUGGCGACACGCUGGUACCGGGCCCCAGAGAUCAUGCUGAAUUCCAAGGGCUAUACCAAGUCCAUUGACAUCUGGUCUGUGGGCUGUAUCUUGGCCGAGAUGCUCUCCAACCGGCCCAUCUUCCCCGGCAAGCACUACUUAGACCAGCUCAACCACAUUCUGGGUAUCCUGGGCUCGCCAUCGCAGGAGGACCUGAAUUGUAUCAUCAACAUGAAGGCCCGGAACUACCUACAGUCUCUUCCCUCCAAGACCAAAGUGGCCUGGGCCAAGCUUUUUCCCAAGGCAGACUCCAAAGCCCUUGACCUGCUGGACCGGAUGUUGACCUUUAACCCCAACAAACGGAUCACGGUGGAGGAAGCUCUGGCUCAUCCCUAUGUGGACCAGUACUAUGACCCGACGGAUGAGCCCGUGGCCGAGGAGCCUUUCACCUUUGACAUGGAGCUGGAUGACCUACCCAAGGAGCAGCUGAAGGAGCUCAUCUUCCAGGAAACAGCCCCCUUUCAGCCGGGAGCCCUGGAGACCCCUUAAGCUGGGCCUCUGUUCCCUGGGGCCUGGUCCUGCCUCCUGCCUGCCCGUCACCUCCUGUGGACUGUUAGAAACGGACACUGUGCCCAGCCCUGCCCCCGCAGCCCAGGUCGGGCAGAGGACUGACCACCGGCUGCCUUCCCUUGCUUUGCGAGGCCCCCUCCGUGCCCGCCCCCCAACCCGAGGGGCUCAGGUGCCCGAAAGCAAAUCUGUUGCUGCUGCCGCCCGGCCGUCUUGUCAUCUCCCUUCGCUCUCCCGGUCUCUGGAAGUUCUGGAAUUGAAGGGCUCUGGCUGCCCCAGGACCUGCUGAGGGGUGGGGUGGGGGGAGGCGGAGGGGGAGACUGAGUAAGGACUCAGGGUAAGCCCUGUCCCUCGAACCCCAUUAAAAAAAAAUCCCCACCCCGUUUUGCCUGAAGGAACAUUCCGAAGUUUCAAGGGCUAGUAUCCCUGAGGGACAGGGCCCCCUCCCCCAAAGCUGCCACACUUAAUGCCCCCCACCCCCCCGCUGCUUCUGCGUGUGGGUGAACAGAAGUGGGGGGUGGGGCACUGGGGAGCCCCGCGCCCCUGCCCGCCGUGCCUGUAUCUAAUAUAUAAAUACAGAGAUGUGUAUGCGA